CCGGGGACGGAUCCGCCUCCCGCCGAUCUGAGGAGCAAUGUUUGUCGGUGGACGCUCGGCCCAUCCUAUCCUGUUCUGUGCUCCUGCUGCUUCCGGGGGGCGUUGCUCCCCGCUGGGCUCGGCCGAGGGCGGGAGUGAGAGUGAUCGUCGUUCCGGCCUUUCCCGGCUCACGGUUGCCUCUUGUGCCGGCGAGAGGGGUAAAGCCUGGACCCGAGGAUGAGCUCAGAGCGCCUGCAGGAGGAAGCACGGCCGUGGCAGCCCCGCCAGGGUCCGGACUGGCGGAUCUGGCAGCCGAGACAGUUACGGCCCCGCAAGAGACUGCCGGAGCCGGGCGGCCCGGUGACACCGGCUGGCAAGCGACACUUCGCCGCCCUGGUGCUGGCCCGGGGAGGGAGCAAGGGGAUCCGGCUGAAGAACAUCAAGCUGCUCCUCGGCCGGCCGCUCCUGGCUUGGGUGCUGAUGGCCGCUGUGGAUUGCGGGCAUUUCGACAGUGUAUGGGUUUCCACAGACCAUGAUGAGAUUGAAAAAGCAGCAAAAAAGUAUGGAGCUCGAGUGCACCGUAGAAGUGCAGAAGUAUCGACUGAUACUGCAAGUUCUUUAGACACUAUCUGCGAAUUCCUUGAACACCACGAAGAGGUUGAUGUGAUCGCUCAUAUACAGUGCACUUCUCCCUGUCUCCAUCCACGCCAUCUCAUCGAAGUGAUAGAGAUGAUGAAGAAAGAGGGAUACGAUUCGGUGUUUUCUGUUAUAAGACGUCCUCUUUUCCUGUGGCAGGAGAUACCAGAAGCAGCAAGAGGCGACCAUAAGCAAAGAGGAAAUGAGAUGACAAGACCUUUGAACUUUGAUCCAAAUAAGAAACCACGAAGAAGAGACUGGCCUGGAGAGCUCUGUGAAAAUGGAUCGUUUUAUUUUACUACUACAGCAUUACUUAGGAAAGGAUUGCACCAGGGUGCUAAAAUGGCUUACUAUGUGAUGAAGCCAGAGCACUGUGUGGAUAUUGAUGUAGACCUCGACUGGCCUGUUGCUGAGCAAAGAAUGAGAAGGCAUGGUUACUUUGGCAAAGUGAAUGAAGUAAAACUUGUAGUUUGUUCUCUGGACUCAGAGCUCAAGCGUGAAUGCCAAGUUCGUGGAUAUGAGUUGAAAAACAUGCCACAAAUCAAAAAAAUGAAGCAAAGUAGCAUAUGUGUAGAAUUGAUUGCUGAUUCUAAACAAUUGAAGGAAAAGACAGUGGGAGAAUGGAUAAAGAAAAUGGGCAUUGGUUGGCAGAAUGUGGCUUACUUCGGAAAUGAUGUCUCUGAUCGCGAGUGCCUGAAGAAUGCCUUCGUUGGAGGUGUUUCAAAUAAUGCAGCAGCGCAAGUUCGGGACGUGGCAGACUACAUCUGCAGCAGUUCGGAUGGAAUCCGUGACGUGGAGGAAUUUGUUGACUACGUGACAGUGUUGAUGGAAAAAUACAGAGCCGAGAUCCAGGAAGAGAGCACAGCAUCUAAAAACACUGACAUUCAAUGUACUGAAGAACAUCUGAAAGCCAAAAAAAGUAAAAAUGUGAAUUUUAAGAACCAGAGGAAGCGGGGAAGGGUGUAGGAGGGGAGAUGCUGAGACAAUAGCAGAGGCAGGGUAGGAUAGGUCUAUGGCCAUCAUUCUAAAUGCAGUAACUAGCAAUUUGACUCAUAGUGUCCAUACUGGCCACAAAGUACUUGUCCAAUUAAUCCCAUCUUUUUAUUAUGCAUAGAUCUCAUAUACACACCUCUAUGACAGCAUUUCAUAUUCAUUUAAAUUUGCUACGCCUCCUCUCACCCUUGCCUAUGUUGGGUUUCUUCUCUUAUCCCUACUCUACUACCCCCCCCCCCCGCCCCACUUCAAUCAUUUUCAUUGACAGGCUAAGAAAUUAGGCAUUUAGAAUAGUGGAAAUCCAGGCCCCUUAGAAAUUUCUCCCCUUCCACUUCUCUUCUUUCAUUGUCAUUCUGCUCCCCACUUCCUCCUCCUACUCACCCGCCCAUCACCUCCCUCUGGUGCCCUCCUUCCUUCUCUUUCUCCCACGUCCACCUUUCUCUCACCAGAUUAAUUUUUCUGCCCUUUACCGUUUCAACCUGUCACCUCCCUGCUUCAUAUUUCAUCCCCACCUCCCCCACCCCCUCACCUUCCCCUCAUCUGGUUUCAUCUAUCACCGGCCAGCUUGUUCUCCUUCCCCUCCCCACACCUUUUUAUGCUGGCUUCUUUCCCCCUUCCAUGCCAGUCCUGAUGAACGGCCUCAGCCAAAAACCAGCAGUCUAUUCCUCUCCAUCGAUGCCAGAGUUCCCCCUGCAUUUAGUGUGAGUUGCUUUGAAUUUCUAGCAUCUGCAUUUUAUCUUUUUAUUGACCUAGGCUCAAGCAUUCAGCAGAUGCUGUUGGCAUUCAAGACUGAUUCGAGUUGCGACCAGGGUCUUUUAUGUGCAUGUGUGGAAGCAUGCAAAAUUGUGCACGAACGCAGGACUGGAUAUAGCAAGGUGAUACCAUAGUCAGUACUGCUGCCUUGCCAUCCAGGUUCUGGUUUCUGGUGCUUUCUGCAUCGUGCCUUUUGAUUCUCUACCACAUCACAAAGAUGUGCUGGUCAGUUAUUGACCACUAAAUUUGCCUUAACUUGCCUUAAUCUUAUAAAAAUGCUUUUAUGUACGUGGGAGAAUGUGAUAAUUUUUGGGAACUGAUAUAGGCCUUUUUCUGAUGACUAGUUAUGCUCCCUGAAUUCGCUAAGGCUUUUAUCUCAACGAUGUUUUUUAAUCUUGCUGAAAGAAUGUUUUCCAUUUACAAUAACUGUUAAAAGAUGCGGAUGAGUAUUUUUAUACUAAAUGCAUUUAAAUUUAUUUUGCCAUAAGGUUAAUUAUAUAAAUUGCUGCUAGUGCAUGGGUGUGUGAUAGAAUUAUUGGACAUGUGGAGAGAAUAAAAUGGGUUGAGGUGAGGUUAAAGAUUGGUGCUUGAGAGUUGGUAUGGACUGGGGUGCUGAAAGCCUGUUUCCAUUGUCUACCUGUAAUAAAAGCAAAUGCCUGGUACUCCCAAAGCAGGUCUCCUUUGUUGUGUGGCUUCUUGCACAGUAAUUUUCAGUGAGCUUGAUAUGCAGAGUAAAAUGUGGAAAUAACUGAUGCUUCCACAAGGUUUCCCAGAAUUCUGACUGCCGUACAAUACUACAAUUUGUGAAGAUUCCUUAAAACUGAGAUUGUGAAGAAAGAA